UGAGCUCUCGACGCGUGCGUACGCGACGGUUUCGGUUUCGUUCAAGUGCGCGCGCAGCUUAACUCACUCACCGCAAGUGCGCAAAAAUCACCAUCACGUUAUAAUCUCUCAGUGUGAAUAUUUCUAAUGCGGAUAACAAAAUGUGAAAACAAGUGCACAGCUCGGAUUAAUUCGAUUUUUAUUAUUAUGGAUGAAGACGACGUGUCCGAUCACUCGGAUUAGCAGCGAUGCCUUGCCAUACAAGAAUGAAAUUACUGUUACGUGGUCUUCUAUGGUUGUUUAUUUUGGAAUACGGUUUCAUGGUCACAUCACUUGAACCAGGGUUUUUAGACUUUGAUAAUCUUCCCGACACGAAUUUCUCAUGCGUGGGGAAGGUCAUAGGCGGCUACUAUGCUGAUCUGGAGACGUCCUGUCAAAUGUUCCAUGUGUGUACCAUUGGUCAACUGGAUGAACCCAUGGAUAUACGAUUUCUAUGUCUAAAUGGAACUGUUUUUGAUCAGGAAACCCGUGUAUGUGAACGUAUUGAUGAAGUUGACUGUUCAAAAUCCGAACAGUUCUACAGCUUAAACCUGGAAUUAUAUGGAAAUACCCAACCUCCAAUAUUAGAAGAAUCAUCAGAAACCGAACAACCCGAAUUGCAAACCCCCAAAAAGUUGACCACGACAACAACAACGACCACAUCUCGCCCGACAGUGUCAAAAACACCUCGUCCUAGUUAUAUAAUCACCACUUCGAAACCCACAACAACUACAUUAGCUUCAAGGUCACCUCAACCGCAAGUGCAGAUACCACAACCGCCGAAACCACCUCAACCCCAACCACAACUCCAUUUCGGUUCACGCCCAUCAACGGAUAUCCGCUUCAACCCGGAGGAGUAUAAAAUCUCGUUAAGUAGUGGUGGUCCACCUAGCGUAAGGACCAAUGUGAACGUAAACUCAAACAGUGCCAAUACUAACAACGGUAAACCGAUAUCGUUUCAGACAUUUAGUGACAAUAACAAGCGAGUGAUCGUGACCACGCAUACCACGGUGUAUAAAAGUGAGAAACAACCGUUGCAUGUGGUUACAAGUGCGAAUACACCAGCGCCACCUACGAAAGCUGAUGAUAUUAAACUUGAAGAUUAUGAUUCCGAGUUGUCGGAUUCCACUGAGGAUAGUUACAGUUAUGGAUAUCAUAGUCAGCAGCAUCAACCGGAAACGCUCAAGUUGUCCGCGUAUCAGAGUCAAACCGAAGCGCUACCAAAGACGUACCAGUUCCGUCCUGGAUUUCGCCCCAGUCAGGUCCUAGACGAUUCCUACAAACCCAAUACGUAUCGAUCGGUGUUUCAUCCAGCUACGAAUAAUCCCCUGAAGGUUAAUUAUAAUCAUAGGGGGAGUAGUGGAAGUGGGGGUAAUGGGGGACCUACCACUUAUAGGAAUCAUUACGGGUAUUUUAAUCAAGGCCCUUUGAAGCAGGAGAAACGGGGACCUGUUUUGCCGACUAUUCCUCCGUUGACUUUUAGUUCCCCGGCGCCAUUUUCUCUUAGUAGACAUGUUGAGACCAAGAGGUUUAUUGAUCAUCGUGCGCAACAACAACAACAACAACAGUUGCAGUUACAACAACAGCAACAUCAACAACAUCAGCAGAGGUUACAACAACAACAGCAACAACAGAGUCAACAAGCAAGUCAACAACAAUUGGUCCAUCACCAUCAACCUCCAAGAAUUGUAAUAUCCGCUAGUGCUUCUGUAAGUGAUGCUACCGGAAGGAAAUUUAAUUAUUCUUUGGGUACCAUUGGUGAUACCAGAUUCUUUGGUCAAGCUCCUCAGUCUUAUGAUGAUUAUAAAGAAGAUGAUGUGGGUUCUGAUCCCUUUUAUCAUGAUGUACCCAAAAUACGUUUAAAACGGCAGGUGGGUCAACCAGGUACCCAAAGGGAUACUCUACCUAGUGUUGAGGAAGCUGGGGAGAAGGAAGCUAUUGAUGUUUUGAAAUUUCUUUUUAACUGGUAUAAUAACCAUGAAAAGACUCCUCAAGGGUCACAGAAUUCUCCAGUUAAAUCUGAAACCAUUACGGAGAUUAAUGAUGCAUUGACUCCUCAACAAGAUCAUCAAAGUAAUCCACAAAGGGAUUACCUUUAUGAGGAUUUUGAUGUGGAACCUAAACAACAAUAUGCUGGUGUUCCCCAGAGGAAUGAAUUUGAAAGACCUUAUUUGAGUUUGCAGUUGUUGAAACCUCCCUUUGAGUCACCAUCAAUUGAGAAGCAGAUAGUGACAUCAAAGGAUCCGGUUGUAAUCACUGAGAAACCAAUAACUACUAGUACUACUACUACAACUACAACAACAACCGCACCUCUUCCACAUCAAAAUUAUUAUGAUUAUGUUGAUGAUAAUUAUGAACCUUUGACUUAUCAAGAGGAAUUACGUAGACAACAAGCCAAGGAAGCUAAAAUUCAACAAUCACAAGCCCUAGUGGAUUACCAGCACUUCAAAGAGAGUUUUGUACAGAAUUACCCUCAAGAUAAACAGAACAACAAUAUAAAUAUUAAAGAAAGUGAUCAGAAUUACUCUCCUCCAGAGUAUGUGGAUGAUAAUUAUGAACCUGUGGUUUACCAGCAAGGGAUUAAAGAGGGUCCUACCACUCCUGAUACCUUGACAACCCUUAAAGUACCUUUUGUUGAUAAUGGGAAUCAUGUUAGAGAGAAUUAUUAUUAUGACAGGUAUAAUCAAGUACCUACAACAACAACAGCAACUACUACUAGUAGUUCAACAACUACAACAACAUUGAAACCAUUUGUUGAUGUUUAUCCCGACUAUGACAGUUAUAAAGUUGUUCAGGAUAAAGAAUAUCCGAUAUAUUCACGAAAUCAAUAUGAUUUUGUUGAUAAAACUAGUACUACUAGUACACCUUCAACAACAACAUCUACUACAACUGAAAAUUAUCAACAGGUUUUGGGUAUUCUGGGUAUAACAACUAGGAAACCCCAGGUUAAUCAAGUCCAUCAUCGGGGUAAGACUAGGUUUUCUUUGAAGGACGUUGCGGAUGUACCUGAUGAUUCAGUUUUUGUCAGAAAACCAUUAUCAACAACAACUACAACAACAACUACUGCCACUACUUCCACCUCAACAACUACAACAACAGAAACUCCUGUUACGUUCCCUAAAACCAUAGAAACAACAACACAACAUUUUCAGUAUACCAUCAAUGAAAAUAGAAGAACUCAAGAAAUGGAAACAGAUGAUAUAGAUGAUGGUGUUGUACAAACAACAGAAACCAUGUUACCUACUGUUACUACCGAAAGGAGUACAGCACCACAACAAGAAAUAGACUUUGCUAAACUUGGUGAAAGUACUGAAGCAGAAACAAUACCAAUAACAGAAUAUACAACUGAAAAUGUUGAAAAGUUGGAAGAUAUUACUAAAAAUACUGUUGGGGUUGCCAGUAUUACAACGGCAACUGUCCCAACAACACUUAUAGAAAAUUUAGAAGUUGCAGCUAUUACAGGUACACCUUCAACAUUGAUUCCUGAAAGUUCUAGUUCUAGUACUUCCGAAAUUCCUGAAAUGGAAACUGAUGUUACUACAGAAUCAAUUUCUACAACACCUGGUAUUACUACUGUUGUCACAACAACUUCUACUACUACCCCAACAACAACAACAUUAACUAGUACUACUACAACACCUUCUCCAACGCCAUAUACUUACCCAUCAAGAAAUUCUUCAAAAUUCAACUCUAGAAGAAGAUCCAAAAGUCGUUAUAGACCAAUAUCUUCCACAGCAACAACAACAACUACAACAACAGACCUACCUUCAACCAGUACUAGUACUAGUAGUAGUGCAACAUCAAUAAUAGAGGUUAUACCUCUUAACACUACAGAUUUUCCAUCUUCCCCUUCAUAUUCCACAUCAACCAUACCAACAACCCAACGCAAACCAACCCUAAAUGAAGAAAUCAUCGGCGCGAUCAAACACAAAAUGGCCUCCCAUGAUUCCCACGAUCCCCACAAGAUCGAGUUCAACAUAAACGCAUACACUGCCAAUCUUGCCUACAGAAUAAAAACAACCCCUCUCACCCUCCUCCCAUCAGACGACAACCCAAAAAGAAAAAGACCAUGAAUUACCAACAGAUCCACCAAUGGCUCGCAGUGCCCAACCCACCUUAAGCAAUGAACACCUCCGACGCACCAAUCGCUUACCAACAACACCAAUAUCCCAAUCCACCGCAAUAAACGUCCGUAAACAAGUGAAA